GGUUUCAUCUCUCUCGUUUUGCCUUCACUACUCCAUACACAACCAGCAUCGUCAACCUUCUCGAACUGAAUCCAACUCUCUUCUUUCUCAACCGAUCAAACAAUAAACUCAGAAGUUUUCUUAUCUGGUGAUCGAUGACGGUGUUGAGCCGCUUAAUAUCGAGGUACAGAACAGCCUCAUCAGUUCGUAGUUUCUGCACUAAAUCGUCUGAGAAUGACCUUACAAGAGCAGCAACAGCAGCAGCUCUUUCUUCUGCUCUUCCCGUUAAAAAUUCCAAUGGGAGGGGAAGGAAUGUGCAGUGGGUUUUCCUGGGUUGUCCGGGUGUAGGCAAAGGCACCUAUGCCGCCCGAUUGUCGAACCUCCUAGGCGUUCCCCAUAUCUCUACUGGGGAUCUUGUGCGCCAAGAACUCUCCUCUCAUGGACCCCUUUCUUCUCAGCUUGCAGAGAUUGUGAACCAAGGGAAAUUAAUUUCAGAUGAAAUUAUAAUAAAUCUUCUUUCCAAGCAUCUUGAAGAAUCUCAAGCUAAGGGUGAAAUGGGAUUUAUCCUAGAUGGCUUUCCUCGGACUGUAAGACAGGCGGAAAUCUUGGACGGGGUAACUGACAUUGAUCUGGUAAUUAAUCUGAAACUUCGAAAAGAAGCAUUGAUUGCCAAAUGCCUUGGAAGAAGAAUUUGCAGUGAGUGUGGAGGGAAUUACAAUGUUGCGAGCAUUGACAUCAAGGGCGAAGAUGGAAGCCCAAGGAUGUACAUGCCUCCCCUACUUCCUCCUCCAAAUUGUGAAUCAAAAUUAAUAACACGAUCUGACGACACAGAAGUAGUAGUUAAAGAACGACUCCUCGUAUACAAUGAGAAGAGCCAACCUGUUGAGGAGUUUUACUGUGCACGUGGAAAAUUGCUGGAGUUUGAUCUUCCUGGAGGAAUUCCCGAGUCCUGGACGAAGUUGCUUCAAGCUUUGAAUCUUGAUGAUCACAAAGUCAAAAAAUCAGCUGCAGCUUAAGUUCAGAUAUCAUUCAGGUAGAUUCUCUGGGAAAGUUAAUCAUUUUUUGCACGUGAAAUUUCACGUGCAUAUUACGCAGACAAUAAAAUUAUUUUGGUUUGUGCAACAUUAUAUUACUGUGGGGAGUCAUGAAGUUUAGCAGGUCUUAUUAAUUUAGGUUUAUCAGGGAAAUGUAAUGGUUCAUUGAAGUUUCUAGUUUUAGAUGCCAAUAUAUAUAUACACGGUUUAGGCAACAUAGUGGUGGGUGUAAUUUAUCGACAUUUGCAUGUUACAAUUUAUAUAGAUACAUUUUAUACUAGAUAUGGAGUGAUGCUUUUGUGUUU